GUACUGUAUGUUCUUUUUUUUUCAUUGAACCAGGAAAUUGUCCUUCGUUGUUAACCAAAAGAGACAGAUUAAGUAGAAUUAGCGGUGAUUUGAAUUUUAAAUGGAUAUAUCGAGCAUGCGCAAUCGAUGAAUUCCAUCGUUCAAGCUUUUUCCGACCUCAACUUUUCCGUAUGAACUGAGUUACAUGCGAAACAGUUGUGGAACAUAACCAAUGCGGAUACGUGCACGGAUUGUUUGGUGUGUAAACAGUUGACGGUUUGGACAACAAUUAUGGAUAUUAUAAUUGAUACGAAAGGGGACGAGAAUUUGAUAACGAGGGACCACUUGAUAGAAAGCGAUGAAGAAGAUGUAGAUUUUCAAGACACUGGACAAAAAUCGCCGAUUUGCUUUGAUAUAGAGAAAAAUUUCAUCGAAAACGAUACUGCGAAGAAAAAAGAGCGUCGCGACGUAACUAAAGAUAUCGAUCUUGAAGAAUUUGAAACUGAUAUGGGUUGGUUACGUCCGAAGAAGGGACAAAAGAAAAAGGCAACGAAAACACUAGUGAUUUUAACAAAAAAUAAAACACCGGUGGAAGAAGCACUUGAGAAAUCUAUAAUAAAGCCUGGUUUUGAACAAUUAGAAUCUGUGCCUCCCUACGAGCUGAGCAAAAAGAAACUGCAAAAAGAGAGACGCAAAGAACGUGCUAAGACCAAGGGCAAGGAUUGGUUCAAUAUGCGUGCUCCUGAAAUGACACCAGAAGUUAGACAUGAUCUCCAAGUUCUACAAAUGAGAUCCGUGCUAGAUCCAAAACAUUUCUACAAAAAGAAUGACAUGAAAGUUCUACCCAAAUAUUUCCAAAUUGGUAAGGUUAUCGAUUCACCUAUGGAUUAUUAUUCUAGCCGUCUCUCAAAGAAAGAGCGUAAGAAAACAAUUGUGGACGAGCUUAUGGCUGAUGCAGAAUUUUCCAAGUAUAACAAAAGGAAGUAUAAAGAAAUCAUCGAUGAAAAGAAAAAGAUGCAUCGUAAAGCCUUUAAACAUGCAAAACGGCUAAAAGAUAAGAAAAAAUGACAUAUUUAAUACGUAAAUCUUUAAUAAAAUUUAAUCAUAGUUCAAAAAUA